UCGAUUCGAAGCUAACACAAUUUGCAAAGGAAUCCAAAGCUCUCUCUCUCUCUCUCUCUCUCUCUUCCUCUCUCAAGUUACUGAAGAAGGAGGCAGUCAAACCAGAGCUUCCUUGAGGUACUGACGAUUCGUUACUCCAAUCAAUUCCGGUUACGGGGAUCUCAGGUUCGGAGGAAACUGUUUUGCGUUUCGAGUUUUGGCAGAUAGUCUGUAGAUGGAAGACAAAACUGAAUAUAAACGAGAAGAAAUUGAAAAGGUUCAAAAGGAAGAACGGUUUAUGGUGAUGAAGACCAAGGAUGUAGAACCAGGCGACCUGAAGGAGGAGAAGACUGAAGUGGAACUUGAAUCUAAGACCAAGUCAGUGGUAAAAGAAAAGUCGAAACAUGAAAAGGAUGAGGAUAAACAUAAGGAUGCAGACGAGGAGAAAUCGAAGAAGAAGGAUAAAGACAUAACGAAGAAGGAAAAGAAGAAAGAGAAGGAUAAUGAAGCGGGAGAGAGUGAAGAAGAUAAAAAGGAGGACAAGGAAGAGAAGAAGAAAAAGAACAAGGAGAAGAACGAAGAUAAAGAAGAUGAUAUAGAAGGGGGAGAAAAAGAGAAAAAGAAGAAGGAUAAGAAGGACAAAGGUAAAGAUUUAGAGGAAGGGGAAAAGGUGGAUGAUGAAAAAGAAGGGAAGAAGAAGGAGAAGAAAGACAAGGAUGAGGAAAACGACGGUGAUGAUAAGAAAAAAGGAAAGAAGAAGAAAGACGAGGAUGAGAAAAAGAAGAAACACAAGGGCGAUGAUGAAAAAGAGAAGAAGAGCGAUGAGGUAAAAGGUGACUACGAUAAAAAAGAAGGGGAGAAGAAGGAGAAGGAUGAUAAAAAGAAGAAACACAAGGAUGGUGGUGAUGAAAAAGAGAAGAAGAGCGAUGAACAAAAAGAUGACAAAAAAGAAGGAAAGAAGAAGAAAGACAAGGAGGACAAAAAGAAGAAACACAAAAAUGAAGAGGAUGAGGAGGAGGUCAAGGCUGAAGUUACUUCCAGGGAGAUUGACAUUGAAGAUAAUGUAAAGGAAUCAAAGGGUGAAGCAGAGGAGACGCGUAAGGAUGAAGGAAAGGACGAUAAAAAGAAGAAACACAAGGGCGGUGAUGAUGAAACAGAGAAGAAGAGUGAUGAGGUAAAAGGUGACGAUGAUAAAAAAGAAGGGGAGAAGAAGAAAGACGAUAAAAAGAAGAAACACAAGGGUGGUGAUGGCGAAAAGGAGAAGAGUGAUGAAGUAAAAGGUGACGGCAAUAAAAAAGAAGGGGAGAAGAAGAAAGACAAGGAUGAUAAAAAGAAGAAACACAAAUACGGUGAUGAUGAAAAAGAGAAGAAGAGCGAUGAGCAAAAAGAUGACAAAAAAGAAGGAAAGAAGAAGAAAGACAAGGAGGACAAAAAGAAGAAACACAAAAAUGAAGAGGAUGAGGAGGAGGUCAAGGCUGAAGUUACUUCCAGGGAGAUUGACACUCAAGAAAAUGUAAAGGAAUCAAAGUGUGAAGUAGAGGAGGAGACGCAGAAAGAUGAAGGAAAGGAGGGUAAAGAGAAGAAAGAUAAAGAGAAAAAGGUGAAGGGGGAGAAGGGGGAGAAGGGCGAGAAGAAAAGGAAAGUCGAUAAAAAGGACAAAGGCAGUGAUGUUGUAAAGCUGAAACAGAAGCUAGAGAAGAUCAAUGGCAAAAUAGAAGGCCUACUUGAGACAAAGUCAGACAUCAUGAGGCAGAUAAAAGAAGCCGAAAGUGCAAGCCCCACUGUUGCUGAGAAGCCCACAGAAGCAGCAGCAUAGCAAUCUUUGGUAGCGCAUUUCACCUCUCUAUACUAUGGUCAAUACUUCGUGUUUGAUAUUACUUGAAUAAAGUGUUCCUGGUAACGAAUAAACGUAAUCUGUUAGUGUGGUUUUCUUAUGUUGUGCAAUUUAGAAGUGAUCCAUGUGUAAACUGAUGUUUUGUGUGGACACCUCACAUUUCGGUGGGUGUUAGGGCAGCGGAAUAUGUACCAGAGGAAACCCAGUAAGCUGGAGUGGGUUGGUAUGUGUAUCAACUUACAGGACUAUGAUGGGAGGUUUCGGUAGGAUGUAAAUUACUUGAAAUUUUGUUUUGCUUGUAAACAAAGAGGCUGUAUAACUUUUUAUAUGAAAUUACAAAUUACAGUUGUAUGCAUGUGAUAUUUUCUCUGUA